AUGUCCGCCUCCGCCAGAAAUCGAACCGGCACCGUCAGCUCCGGGAGGUCGUCAGCAAGAGGUCGGAGCAAUGAAAUGCAAGACUUCAACAUGUCGCAGCCCAACAUUGUGCGAUACUUUGAGCCAUGCGCCGCGACGGCGUCCAUGUUUCUGUACGCGCAAGGUUGCUCUAUUGUCUGCUGCCACCACGAUACCCUCACGAUCGAGAGAAGGUUUUCGAGACACUCCGAUGAAGUCAGGUUGCUUGCCGUCGACACCCAGAGCGAAGUCGGCGCCGGAAGGCUGGUUGUGAGUUACGAUGCAGGGCAAACGGCCAUCGUAUGGGAUCUUAUGACGGGGGAUGAGGUGGCUCGAUUUGCCUCUUAUGAGCAUUUGACGACAGCCGCAUGGAUGCGUAACGGCAACGUCGCGUUUGGCAAUACGCAGGGCAACAUUAUCCUUGACAGCACUUGCACCGGCUGCGGAUUGUCGGACAUUUGCGAUUGGAAUGGCUCUCUACUGGUCGCCACCCUGCAGCCACGGUUUACAAUCUUACACAAUCUGGGCACUUCGAGAGCACCUUCGCCAAUUGUUACCCUCAACUGGCACGCCUCGUCGUCCCGGCAAAAGUCGGACAUGCUGGCAGCCCAAACACAUGACGGUGACCUCCGCGUCUGGAGCGUAUCAAAGUCAUACAGCAGCGACGACCCCGCGAAAGUCGUCAGGAUUCUCAAGCGCACCGAGAACUAUCAGUCUGGACCCAACUGGAUGGGUUGGUCAAAGAACGGCCGCAUCAUUCAAUAUUCUGACUCGGAAACACUAUCAUGGGAUGUCCGUACCAAACAUGUCACUUGGGACAGCAUCCCGACCCUUGAGCAUGUCAGAGGCCUGGCCGUAUACGGCCCAGGUGCCAGCCUGUUCACCCUUGGUGCCAACAACACCGUCCAACAGUUUGAUCUCAACACCCCGUCGAUCAUCGUGGCCAACGUCCAGCACCCAGCCAAUCUGUUGCCGCCAUCUCCGCCUGUCUCCAUCGAGGAACAGCAGUCGCAGAAGACAUCCACAACCAUUGCAACUGAUUCAGAUGCCACGUCCGGCACGAUCGAGAUGGGAAUUUCCGAAAGCGAUGAGGACCACAUGUCUCCGUUUGACCGUAUCGUCGGCCGGAAGGAGACAAGCAGCGCUCCGCCGAAGGUGUCGAUGGACCCCUAUGACGCCGACUCAGCCAGCGCGGCGUCGAGCCGCAGCGGACAUUCAAUGGGACUGUCUGCGGUAUCCAAGUCAGAAUCCGGCUCGCGGACACCUGGUGUCUAUCCUUCGUCAGCCGUCUCGCGAGGGACCGAAAACACUUACAUCUCCAUCGGAUCCUCCCUGCCUUCGUCAGCUGCGCCGUAUCAGGAACGCGACAUGUACUCCAUGAGCGGAACCUCCAUGCUGACGGGCACGUCAAUGUCUUCAUACCGAUCACGCCGUUCCAGACCGUCUCGUCUGCGAAAUGAAGUCAUCCCGAGCCCUGUGGACAGCAAGGUUGCCGACCUUUUCAAGUACACCCGCAGCCGACUGAGCGACAUCCCCUACAAGCAUCCCACCGGUGCUGACAACAGCCGGCUCACCAACGAUGACCUUCGCAAGCAGAUGCUGAGCACCAUUUUUGGAUGGCACAAGGAGAUCGAAGACUUGAUCCGUGAGGAGCUCAGCCGGCACCAGGCCGGCGCGCCUGCCCGAAUCCUUCUGCUCCGAUGGCUUGGCGACCUUGACGCCGAUGUUAUGGCCGCCAGCUCUGCAUCAAUGACUUCGUCAGACUGGAUGUUGUUAGCUCUCAGUGGCAUUGGCGGCCACGCAUCACAGCACAAGCUUGGGCGGACAUAUGUUCAAAGACUUCUUGAGCAUGGUGAUCUCAACGCCGCGGUUACAAUUUUGAUCGGCAUGGGAGACUACAACGACGCCAUCGAGAUUUAUGUGUCUCACAAGAAGUACAUGGAAGCUCUCAUCCUGACAUGUCUUUUCUUCCCUGCUGUUUGGGAACGACAGUCUGCCAUCAUCAAGAAGUGGGGAGAGUGGGCUGUCAUGCAUGGACAGCAGCAACUCGCAGUCCGAUGCUUCGCCUGUACCGGUGCCGAGUCCGAUGAGCCUUGGACCUCCCCGUCUGCUGCUCAAGUCACCUUCCAGAGUAUCAACCAGAACGUCAACCAAAACAUUCCAGAAAUACUCUCCCCGCCUCUUUCGCCCCCUGGAGCUCAACGUGGGCCUCAAAGAAGCAUUGCCAAGACUUCAGCGCUGAAGCUCAUCACCUCGUUUGGCGACCAAGGCGGAAAGUCCAAGUUCUUCUCCCAGGUUGAUGGAGGGCAGACUCCAAUUGCUGCUGGUCCUACCCCCAUCGCAGAUUCCGCCGUGUCACCGGGUGGAUUUGAUGUCACCACUGCCUUCAUCCGCCCACCCAACCGCAGCCAGUUCAACACGCCAAACUCUGCACGGUCUGGCACGUCUGCCUUCAGCCGUAAGCGUCUUCCUUCCAUUGGGGAGGUCCCAGGCGACUUGUCGCGCGAGCAACUCCGAGAAGGCGAAGAGUCUCGCCGCGCUGCCCACAUGCGCAUGUCUUCCGCUGAACAAGACAAUCUAGCUGCAGGACUUACUUUGCAGAGGGCGGCCACUGCCAGUCCCAUGAUGAUGCGCGACCAGUAUCAGAUGCUUACCCGAUCGAGAGAGGCGCCACCCCCGUCCCCUGACGCCAGAAUGAUCAUCAAGAUGGAAGGCAGCUUGCACCAGCGCAAUGGCUCCCGAGACCGCAAGCCUGUAGGCCUGCACCUUGAACUGGAGGGUCUCGACAACAUGGGCAACGAGUUGAUCUCUCCUGAGCAGUCCAUCUCCUCCUCGACUCGCUUCCACUGGCCUUCCCGACGACGCGGUCCUGGUUCUGUUACAAGCUCCGUCAACUCCCAAUCCACCACGGGCAGAAGCUAUCGCAGCAACACCACUGGUGGAAGACAGGAUUACAUCCACAGUCUCGACACCGCCCAGCGUCUCCAGCAACGAAAGCAGCGUAGCCGCCACGGCAGCCGAGAGGGUCGAAGAGACGGCUCCAGCGGGCGCGAUGGCGAGAGGAGCCGAAGCCGUAAGGCCGCUUCGCGUGAAGCCUCGGCGGAGCGUGGUCGCGCUGCCAAUCGUACCUGGCCCAAGCCAAAGCGAUCUCCCACCUCGCCUAUUCCAAUGUCGCCCGAAGAUCUCAUCAACUUGGGUACUCCGAAGAUGUUGCCUGACUUUGUGGAACCUGCCACAGUGAGGAAGGCAAGCAGCAGCAGAAAGGUGACUAGCCGUACGUCUAGCCGAGGCAGUCAGGUCCGCCACAAAAGCCCCGAAGGCAGACACCGCCCUCCUGCGCUUGAGCUGCGUGGUCGAAGCCAAGAUCGCAAGGGCUCGCAUAUCAGAUCACCCUCUUCUCCUCUCCCACUCUCGGCAAAUGUGAUUCAUUACCAAGGAUCGGAAGACGAGGAAGACUUCACCAAGGCCGUCAUUGCUCAAGAAAACUUCAGAAACAGGCACAACAGAAGCACCAGCCAGGCCGACUCCCGCAAGGGCCUUUCGCCGGAGCUCGUCAGAGACUUCCCCCAACGCGACCGAUCUGAGAGUCGCCGCCGCAAGGCAAUCGAAGCCACUGAGCAACCUCGCGACGCUAUCAACAUCCAGACGAAGUCGCGUGCUCCGUCUACCGAGCAUGCUGGAGACCUCAAGGCUAUGAAGGACGAGAGACAACGCAAGAAGGAGGAAGCCGCACGCGAGCUCGAGGAACGCCGAAAGUCACUGGCUCAACGCCCCUCGGUGCCCCCUAUCCCUCAUCCCAACCAGAUCCGCGUGGGUAUUGAGUCGUCGCCGAGCAGCAUUGAUCUGCCUCCUCGCAGCCAUACCGCCGACUCUCCUUCAGCUCACAGGAGCAUGUACGCCCGCAGUUCCAACGUCCACAUUGGAUUACCAGCAACCCCAAAAGCAAUGCGGCUCAUCAUUGAGUCUGACAAGGAGAAGGCCAAGAACAUCCCUGUGCCUCCGAUUCCCGCCACCUUCGCGCAACGACAUUCGCCGGUGACUUCACCGGAUCAGCGAUCCCCCGAGAAAGACAACGGAGGCGAGGGGCUGCUUACGCUUCUCCCGCAAACAACUUACCAGCCUCCCGUCCGCGGUAUGAUUCCUCGCAGCAUGUCCGCUCCACCGAUCGACGUACCCUCGCCCAAGAGCGCCGGUCCCAGUGGACCGACACUUUCGCGCGGCCCAUCCAUGAGAAGAGGAAACUCGGGUGAAGUCCGCACCGUUGACCAUUUCUUUCACUCCAGGCGCGCCUCUCAAGAGGACAACGACAACAUGAGCGUCCCACCGCCGCCUCCUCCUCCGCCAAUGUUGAAGGAGUUGCAGCAUUUGGCUAUGCCUCCUCCACCACCCCCGGCGCCUCUGCCCUACGCGGUACACAAUGGCGGCGGGGCUCUCGGCUCUGGCAUGAUUGAGAUUGUCAUGGAUGACGAUGAGCCUGCUCCGGCGGCCGCACCCAUGGACACGACCGUUCCAGUCAUCCCGGCGCCAGCACCUCCGGCCUCCAAGGGCCACAGCCGCGGUCGCAGCUUCACCGAGCGCGAACACAGCCUCGCCGGCCGGAUUUCCAAGGCUACCGACCGCUUCAGGUCGGGCAGCCGUAACCGCAAGGACUCUAUUGCCAUGCGUCCCAGACAAGACGACUACGAGGUCGCGCCUUACGAGAGUGUGCCGAUGCCAACCAACUAUGGACGUGACACUUUGAGGUCUCCCAUCAUGGCACACCGACAACAUGCCCUUCCCACGGGCCUCAACGCCAACGACCUGAUUUAA